UCCGCGAAUCGAGCCGGGGGUGUGGAGCGGCCAAGAUGGAGCCGGCAGCCGGCGGCCCCGGGCCGCUGGUCACGAACAACAAGCAGCCGCAGCCGCCGCCGCCGCCGCCGCCCGCCGUGGCGCAGCCGCCCCCCGGGGCCCCGCGGGCCGGCGGCGCCCUCCUGCCGGGCGGCAAGGCGCGAGAGUUCGGUCGCGGCCAGCGCAAAGACUCGGAGGGCUUCUCCGAGUCACCGGACCUGGAGUUUGAGUAUGCUGAUACUGACAAGUGGGCUGCAGAGCUCUCCGAACUUUACAGCUACACAGAAGGGCCAGAAUUUCUCAUGAAUAGGAAAUGCUUUGAGGAGGACUUCCGGAUUCAUGUGACAGACAAGAAGUGGACUGAGCUGGACACUAACCAGCACCGCACCCAUGCCAUGAGGCUCCUCGACGGUCUGGAAGUCACUGCCAGGGAGAAAAGACUCAAAGUGGCUCGAGCAAUUCUCUAUGUUGCUCAAGGCACCUUUGGGGAGUGUAGCUCGGAGGCAGAGGUACAGUCCUGGAUGCGCUACAAUAUCUUCCUGCUCCUCGAGGUGGGCACGUUCAAUGCUUUGGUGGAACUUCUGAACAUGGAGAUCGACAACAGUGCCGCCUGCAGCAGUGCCGUGAGGAAACCUGCCAUCUCCUUGGCUGACAGCACAGACCUGAGGGUCCUGCUCAACAUCAUGUACCUGAUUGUGGAGACGGUUCACCAGGAGUGUGAGAGUGAUAAGGCCGAGUGGAGGACGAUGCGACAGACCUUCAGGGCCGAGCUGGGUUCUCCGCUGUACAACAACGAGCCAUUUGCCAUCAUGUUAUUUGGGAUGGUGACCAAAUUCUGCAGUGGCCACGCGCCCCACUUCCCCAUGAAGAAGGUGCUCCUGCUGCUCUGGAAGACAGUGCUGUGCACACUGGGCGGCUUUGAGGAGCUGCAGAGUAUGAAGGCUGAGAAGCGCGCCAUGCUGGGCCUACCCCCACUGCCAGAGGACAGCAUCCAGGUGAUCCGCAGCAUGAGGGCCGCCUCACCCCCCGCAUCAGCCUCCGACCUGAUUGAGCAGCAGCAGAAAAGGGGUCGUCGCGAGCUGAAGGCCCUGAUAAAACAGGACAAUUUGGAUGCCUUCAAUGAGCGGGAUCCCUACAAGACUGACGACGCUCGGGAGGAAGAGGAGGAGAACGAUGAUGACAACAGCCUGGAAGGGGAGGCCUUUCCCCUGGAACGGGAUGAGGUGAUGCCCCCACCACUGCAGCACCCCCAGACCGACAGGCUUACCUGCCCAAAGGGGCUCCCAUGGGCUCCCAAAGUCAGAGAGAAAGACAUUGAGAUGUUCCUCGAGUCCAGCCGCAGCAAGUUCAUUGGCUACACUCUGGGCAGUGACACAAACACAGUGGUGGGGCUGCCCAGGCCAAUCCACGAAAGCAUCAAGACACUAAAACAGCACAAGUACACGUCCAUCGCAGAGGUCCAGGUGCAGAUGGAGGAGGAGUACCUUCGCUCUCCUCUCUCGGGGGGAGAAGAGGAAGUGGAGCAAGUGCCUUCUGAAACCCUCUACCAAGGCUUGCUCCCCAGCCUGCCUCAGUACAUGAUAGCGCUGCUGAAGAUUCUGCUGGCCGCAGCUCCAACCUCCAAAGCCAAAACAGACUCCAUCAACAUCCUGGCCGACGUCCUGCCUGAGGAGAUGCCCACCACAGUGCUGCAGAGCAUGAAGCUGGGUGUGGACGUGAACCGCCAUAAGGAGGUCAUCGUCAAGGCCAUCUCCGCCGUCCUGCUGCUGCUGCUCAAGCACUUUAAGCUGAACCACGUCUACCAGUUUGAGUACAUGGCCCAGCAUCUGGUGUUCGCCAACUGCAUCCCUUUGAUCCUGAAGUUCUUCAAUCAGAACAUCAUGUCAUACAUCACUGCCAAGAACAGCAUUUCUGUCCUGGAUUACCCGCACUGCGUGGUGCACGAGUUGCCUGAGCUGACUGCUGAGAGUCUGGAAGCAGGGGACAAUAACCAGUUUUGCUGGAGGAACCUCUUUUCGUGUAUCAAUCUACUUCGGAUCUUGAACAAGCUGACGAAGUGGAAGCACUCCAGGACGAUGAUGCUGGUGGUGUUCAAGUCGGCCCCCAUCCUGAAGCGGGCCCUGAAGGUGAAGCAGGCCAUGAUGCAGCUGUACGUGCUAAAGCUGCUCAAGGUGCAGACCAAGUACCUUGGCCGCCAGUGGCGGAAGAGCAACAUGAAGACCAUGUCGGCCAUCUACCAGAAGGUGCGGCAUCGGCUCAACGACGACUGGGCCUACGGCAAUGACCUGGAUGCCCGGCCUUGGGACUUCCAGGCAGAGGAGUGUGCCCUUCGUGCCAACAUCGAGCGCUUCAAUGCUCGGCGCUAUGACCGAGCACAUAGCAACCCCGACUUCCUCCCUGUGGACAACUGCCUGCAGAGCGUCCUGGGACAGCGGGUGGACCUGCCCGAGGACUUCCAGAUGAACUACGACCUCUGGUUGGAAAGGGAGGUCUUCUCCAAGCCCAUCUCCUGGGAGGAACUGUUGCAGUGAGCUGCUGUGCAGGGAGCUGGAAAGGGAAGCAAAGCAGGCCUGUUCGGGUGCCCGGGCCUGUGCUGGGCCACUGCUGCAGAACCCUCGCCGCCCUGCAGGUGGCAGCACGGCCCCACCGCGCGUCCGGCGCUGGCCCAGGACUUGUGCCUGAGAGCCCAGUUCUCCGGAUGGUUAUCUCAGCCUGGAAGUCUCGCCCUCCCUCUCUUGGAUCCCAUGGUUUACAACUUGUUUCUUGUCUUCCUUUCCCCCAAGGCCAGGGAGGGCUGGGCUAGGCUGGGACCCGCUGCCCCUGACCGCAGGGUCAUGCUGACUUCCUGAGAUGUCCGACCAGCCAGGGAGGCAGCCUGGGCCAGGCCAGGGAGUCAGCGUCUUGGUUGUACUCGGUGGGUUUGGGUGUCAUCCCAGUCCCUGGCUCCUCCUUUGGUUGGGAGUGGCUGAGACUAGGACAGAAAGUCCCUCUUAACCAGAGGUGCCAUUUGUCCUCGGGGUUUGCAAGGGUCUGUAAAUAUCUAUAUAUAAAUCUGUAUUCUCCUGUG